UAUAUAAGAUCAGUACUGUAGCUGCCUCCAUGUAGCUUAGCCAGUUACCCUUACUGCUGCUGACUAGACUGCAGUUUCUGUGGAAUACUUUGUAGACAAGGAAAUAUUGGAAGUGUAAAACAGAGAGUGGACUUGGUAAGACUCAGAGGGUAAAAUAGCUGUUAGGUGUGAGAUGGUUAUGAAUUGUCAUAGUUCCAAAUAGGUAAACAAGGUUUCUUGUAAAUGUUAACAAACUAAGCUGAAGUAUAUACAGUAUAGCUAAUUGAAAUGUAUACAAGCAAAUGGGAUAGGGAUCAAAUAAGAUGUGUUUUAACAAGUAAAUUGUAAUAAUUAGAAAUUCAGUCAAUUGACAAAAAGUUUUAAACUUUUAAAAAUUGUUUUCAAAUGUAAUUUCCUUGCUUCUUAAAUAAUUGCACAUUUACUAUGGAUAACUCAACACUCUUUAUUUCAUUUGUACUGUCUGCAUAUGAAAACGUAGGACUAUUGAAAUACUUGUAUUUUACUAUAAUUAGUCUGUUGUACAUUGCAAUAGUCUUUGCUAAUACAAUGCUUAUAGUGGUGAUAUCCAUGGAAAGAAAGCUACACCAGCCCAUGUAUCUGUUUCUCUGCAGUUUGUUUGUUAAUGAAUUAUAUGGCAGUGCAGCUGUUUUGCCUUUCCUCAUGGUACAGGUUCUAUCAGACACACAUGUGGUACCUGCUCAUUAUUGUUAUUUACAGAUAUAUAUUAUUUACACUUAUGCAUCAAUUGAAUUCUGCAAUUUAGCUGCCAUGGCAUAUGACAGGUAUGUUUCUAUCUGUUAUCCUUUGCAGUACCAUGUCAUUAUGACCUCUAAUAGAGUGAUCAUGAUCAUAAUGCUACUCUGGAUUUACUCUUUUAUUAAAUUCAGCAUCACUCUAUCUUUAAGUGUAAGUUUAACCAUGUGUGGAAACACGAUAAAUAAAGUGUAUUGUAAUAACUAUUCAUUAGUCCAACUUGCCUGUUCAGACACAACAGUGAAUAACUACUAUGGACUAUUUGGCAUUGUUUUGUCUGUUGCUGUCCCUGUGAUCCCCAUUUCCUUCUCCUACAUCAAGAUUUUAGGUAUCUGUUUAAGAUCUUCAAAAGAGACUAGACAGAAAGCCCUCAGCACAUGCACACCUCACUUGGCUUCUCUGAUCAAUUUCUCCUUUGGCUGUUGCUUUGAGAUUCUGCAGAGUAGAUUUGACAUGACUCAUGUCCCAGCUGUUCUGCGUAUUAUUAUCUCAUUGUACUUCCUGGUGUGCCAACCACUUUUUAACCCUGUAUUAUAUGGAUUUAAUUUAUCAACAAUCAAACAGCAAUGUAAGACUUUGUUCCUGAGGAAAUAUGCCAUUCAAGGAUGAUUUGAUGUUAUUUUUGCAUCAAAAGAGAUCUGUGGGACAAUUCAAAACACCUAUAUGAGACUUUACACUGUAACUUGAAUAUUUCUGUUAAAUUGUUAAUCUUGUCUAUGAUGCUUCUUUUAAUUCGAUAAAAGAUAGAUUAAAAUAAACAUUUUAGUAAAUUCAAGUAUGUGUUCGUUUGGAAAUUUCUUGGAAAUUACCAAGAACUGUGGUCCAUCCCAAUAUUAAAAGCGUAAAAGGCUCUUUGCAGUCCAAUUUGAAUGAUGACUGUGGAAAAGGUUAACCAUUGCUUGCUUCCAUUUCACUUGUACAUUAAUAAGGAUGUACUCUAGUAUUGAACAAUCAAUGUAAAAAUGUUUCGCUUUGAGGAGUUUCUUGCAGUCUAUCUAAAAGUAGAUGCAAUGUUUAUACUUAGAUGAACACAACAGUUGGUAACAAUUUUUUUUUUUUUUUGAUUAAACCUUGUGUUUACACAUC